UUAGUAAUUGGUGGUAGUCGACAUCGACGGUGGUUAUCAGUGGUUAUCAAUGAGAGAAACCGUUAUUUGAAAUGGAUCUCGAAGUCGACGGUGAGAUACGAAUUUUUAAUGAGGGAUAUAACGACAGUCAAAAUACGAGAGGUUCCGAACAUUCGCAUGAGAUAUAAGUGACUAUAACCUAUGAGGCCACUUGUGCGUAUUCACGCAGACAUUUCCGGCUGGACAGUGGCAAAGAUAUCACACGUUCAAAAUGUUGGAGGGACUCGUCGCUUGGGUACUGAACAAUUAUCUCGGCAAAUACGUCGAGAAUCUAAACACGGAUCAGCUGAGCAUUGCUUUGUUGUCAGGGGAAGUCGAAUUAGAAAACUUACCCCUGAAACGCGAGGCUCUGCGUCAUAUCGGAUUGCCAAUGGAAAUCAAGGCUGGAUUUAUCGGUAAAAUCAGAUUGCAAGUGCCAGUUAGGCAAAUAAGAACUGCAUCGUGGGUCAUAGGUAUAGAGCAGCUCUAUUUAGUGGCGGGACCAAUUAAUUUGGAUGAGUAUGACAACGAAGCGGAGGAGCAAGCAAUAUUAGAAUAUAAACUCAGUCGGCUGGAUGCUUUAGAAGCCAGAUGGAGAGCCGAUAUAGAGCAUGAUCCUGGUUACUAUGCUUCGAGUUAUAGCUCGUGGUUAAAUUAUGGCACAUCUCUAGUAACAAAUAUCAUCGAAAAUUUACAGUUGAACAUCAAAGAUGUUCAUAUUAGAUACGAAGAUGGUAUUACACUACCAGAUGAUAAUGGUAUUGCAUUUGGCAUUACAAUUGGAGCAUUAACUACUCAAAGUUGUGACGCUAGCUGGAUACCUAGUUCCACGUCUUGGAAUCUUACAGAUGCGUCGUUUAAGCUAAUGGAACUCGAUAGUCUUUCGGUUUAUUGGAACCACGUGAAGAAAGAUCAUCUUUUUGGUGGACUUAAUCUAGGCGAUCUAGCUAUUGCUAUGAGUAAAAAUAAGAUUCAACGACACAUUUUAUCGCCCGUGAAUGCAAGAGCGCACAUUAAGAGAGAUCGAACCGAACGUCCAUUAAGGUCUAUUAAUAAACCGCGUAUCGUAGUAGAUUUGCUUUUGGAUGAAGUACCAUUAUUUAUAACAGACCUUCAAUAUGAGGAAAUGGUCAAAUGUAUCAAAGAGCUUGAUCGUAUAGAUCGUCGUAAACAGCAAUGGCGUUGUAGGCCAGUAAUUCCCGUUAAACAAGCUUGCAAGGAGUGGUGGAAGUAUGCUGCUAGGUGUCAUCUCGGCAGAGACACGCUUAAACCGAAACUAUCCUGGAAAGAUAUGCUUCUCAGAGCCAGAGAGAACGUUUGUUACGUUCAAACAUAUACUAAAUUGUUAGGUACAAGCACACCUACCUCGAUCUUAUCUCCGGAAAUUAAAACGUUGAAGGAGAAGAUCGAGAACGAACGAAAUUUCGACGAGCUUCGGGUAUUGAGGGAACUGGCUAUGGAGAAAAUGAGACCUGCGAAAAUGCAACUACCUAAUAUGAAUGUACCACAAGGACGUGGUAUGCUCGAGCAAUGGUUUCCACAAUGGUGGGGCUGGUCUUCAAAGAUAUCUCACAGUAACAAUGGAACGCAAAACGGAAAUAGCUCGACUACUUUCGAUGGCGAACUGCUGGAUGUUUUAGCGGACACUAUGAAUGAUGACACUCUUUUACGUCGCGACACAGUAUUUGGACAAUUUAAUUUUGCUCUGGUGCAAGGCGCGGUAUCGUUGUGCACCGCAAAAGAUGGAAGCAACAGGAAAACUGUGAUAGAACUGAAAUUCGAAAGAGUGAACCUGAGCUAUGAAUCACGACCUAGAUCCGGAUCGCACAAGUUCUCAGUCAGUUUAGGCGCGUUAUACCUGCAUGAUUUUCUCACGGAAAACUCUACAUUUCCCAUUUUAGUGCAACCUCAAGUCACAUCCAACGGCAUAUCCUCGCGCGUUCGCAAUUCGUCGGAAAAACUAACGAAAGCGCCACAUCAUUUAUUCGAACUGAUCUAUGAAAAAAGACCGCUUCACGUUACUGUGGAUCAUUUAUUGCAUGUGUACUCGCAGUCCUUGGAUGUUGUGUAUAAUCCAACCGUCAUAUACUGGCUGAUAGAUUUUAUGUGCAAACCGCAUCGAUCGGUGUCGUCCAAUCAACGAUUUCAGGCGAUGAAACGUCGCACGAGAAGGCAAUUGAUUAAGAACUGGGAACAAAUUUUAGACGGCGAUUUCGUAUAUCGUUCAUCUUGGGAUCUACAGUUUAAGAUCUCUGCACCACAGAUCUUAUUGGUGGAAAGCUUCGUUGAUUCUAACGCGGCCGUGGUGAUGGUCGAUUUCGGUAAAUUACAUUUAUCGAACGCGAAUCUGAAUCAUGUGAUACUGAAAAUAGAGUCACCUAAAAGUGAUGAUGAUGAAGAUGAGAGAUACGAAACACCUUGUUCCACUCCGCCCGGUAGUCAGGAAAACGGUUCCCUACACGACUUUCAAGGGUUGUCCGAGACCGAGUUACACAAGAAAUUGUACGAUCAGUACUCGAUUGAUUUAGUGGACCUGCAGAUUUUAGUGGGUAAGACAAAUGACAAUUGGAAACACGUUCGCACGAGAGGCACGUCGAGCUUACAUUUUCUCGAGCGUUUUAACAUAUCGUUGCAAGUUGAACGACGUGUCUUCACCACUUCGGAUCCUAAUUUCCCAUCGGUUACGGUAUCUGGUAACUUGCCAAGGCUGGUAGUGCAUGUGAACGAGCAGAAAGUGGGCGCGAUACGUUUAAUUUAUAACUUACUGUCGAGCUUUUCCCGCUCUGCCGGCAUUCCGCAAACAGAAGCCGUCAAUAUAGAACCGAAGAGUCCCAGGAAGGAGGAGAGUCGUUCCUUGAGCCAUGCGGUGAUGGUACAAUUUAUCAUCGAUCAGAUGGCCUUUGAAUUACAAUCGAGAGGUCGCAGCGUGGCAGAGCUACAAGUGUCUGGCGUUCGGGCAGCCCUCAGCAAAAGAAUGGCAGAUCUGAGCGUCUCCCUCUCCGUCCACGGUCUGCUUUUGGUCGACGCUCUUCAAGAAUUCGGGCCAGAUUUUGAAUUGCUGGUGGCUAGUCACAAACAUGUCGGUAUGGACAGCGUUUCCGGUAGAUUAAGGGAUUCGGAACCGACGUCGCCCGUUUCGCCAGAAUCGCCCGAGUCACCCGACUCCGCGAGACCACCACGACUGACCUCUCCCGUUGCCUUGACCAAUGCCUUGUCCAGUUUGGUGAACAAAACCAAGACUCCGCUCUCACCCAGGAAUAAUUCGUUGGUCGGCCUAGAAAAAUUGGAUUCGGAGGCGCUGAUUGUCGUAGAGUUGACGCUGGUAGACGACCCCACGGAAAACCUGAGAAUGGCAAAUAUACAGUUCAAUAAUCUAGAUAUUAUAGCCAAUCAGGAGACGAUAGUAGAAUUGUUAGGUUUCUUCCGAAGAAUCUUGCCAUUGCAGAAGUCGCGGCCAGCGUAUGUUGCGAGCCGAGACAAUUCUUUGUCGAGUCAAAGUACAGAAAUAAGAUCAAUGUCAACGAGAACUGAAAUUACCUUUGACUUUCAUCGCUUGAAUGUGCUACUUUUACGCGCAGUCAUGCAGGAUAAUCAUUUGGUGGGGCAAAAGAUCGCCACGGCGACUAUGUCGGACGCGCGCAUACAGGCGACUUUAGCUGCAAAUACAUCGAUCUCGGGCUCUCUUGGCGGAGUACAAGUUCUUGAUCAAACGUCAACCGGGAAGACUCACCAGCGGAUUAUCAGUGUAGGUAGGGAUCCUCUGGCUGAUCCGCAGCAUUAUCCGUUUGAGCACUUUAGUAGUCUAUCCGAUCAGCCAGAGGCGUUUAGAUUCGUGGCGAAUCGCAACACCAGGCAGGUCAGCGAGGACGAUUGCAUAGAAAUCGAUCUCGAUCUCACGAUACGUGUGGCCAGCGUUUGGUAUACUCAUGCGCCGCACCUGAUAUCGGAAUUGCGUUCGUGUGCCGACGAAUUCAAACAAUAUCUAAGCAAUUUUGCGCGUCAGAUCAGCGCAGCCGCCACUGAUAUGGCGAUUGGUUUGGUGAACGCCGACGAUUGGACCAUCCCGCCGCGUAAACGAUUGCCGAGUGUCUCGGUUGAUUUAGAUAAUGUAAAUGCGCUUUCGAUGAAAUUAGACGUGCUUCUGGAAAGUCCGGUGCUCGUGUUACCUCGUUCUUCUCAUAGCAGACAAGUAUUCGUUGCUCACCUGGGUACGAUGUCGCUGCGACACGAGCCCCACUUGGGAUCUAUGGCGAAACACAAGGUCACGCUGGAAGUGCGCGACAUGAAUCUAUACUCUCUGGAGAUGUCUGCCAAUAUCGGGCAAUCACAAAGCAAUCUACCGAGAGCCGAGGAGAUGUACUCGUGCAAGGAGUUGGGCAAGCCGAUACUACACGAUACAACGCUAAAGAUUCUGGUUGAGAAGCAAAACACCUUAACGCAAAGUAUGAGCUUCCUACUUGAUUGCGGUGAUUUUACGAGCAAUAGUCCAAUUGUACAGGUACACGGCGCCGUGAUAACGCCACUGAAAGUAUCGCUGUCGCGCGGCCAAUACGAGCAAUUACUCGACACCACUCAUCGAUUAUUCUCCAUGCCUACCGUGACUGCCACAGCUGCAGUGUCGGAAUAUGACGAUCUCGACGGGCUAUCCAACUACUCGGAGAAGCUUGAUCUCUACGUGAAAGUCUCGUUCGAACUGCCGAUUCUUAGCGUACAAUUGAAGCAGGCGCACUCGGAGCAGCCACUGGUGGAGUUGUCAAUGCGUGACUUCGUUGUCAAGUAUGACAAAUUACAUCGAAACGAAUCGAGCGUGCAGGUUGCGCUGCGCUCUCUCCUGAUGGAAGAUCUUCUGUGCGCGGUCGGCUCGCGGCAUCGUUGCAUGAUGCAGUCGUCGGCGCCCACGCGCGCAAAACUGUCUACAGGCGCUUCAAAAUCGUGUCCAGAUCUUGCGUUCGCGCGACAAUAUAAAAACACCUUCGGACGCGGUAGUCUGCCAGAUCGGUUGGAAACCUACACCCUGUACGGCGCGAUUCCACCGCACUGGCGCAGAAAACCAGCGAUCUCGUCAGCCGAUACACCGAACACGCCACCGCCCUCGCCAGGCGGCAUUACCAGUGAAGAGAACUUGGUGCUAAUGAGCAUCACCAUGACGUAUCCCGAAGAGAAUGGCUGCAUCGCCCCCGAAGAUCGGUUCUAUCGCAAAAUGGUAACCGUGGACUUCAAUUGCCUGGAUUUGGUGAUAAGCGUGGAAUCGUGGAUGGUGGUGUUUGACUUCUUUGGAAUUGCAGGCUUGUCCGGAACGGCUGAUGACGAAGUUGCCGCGCAUCGAGCCACGCCGGAUAGCGAUAGUACUAGCACAAGCAAGGUAGACGAUAAUUUACCAGUGAGGUCGGAAACCGAGAUUGAAGUAAGAUCGUUGACGCUGGUGCUGACGCAGCUGGAGCACGAGAUAGCGAAAGCCAAUGUGUCCAACGCCAGCAUGCACAUCCUUAAGACGGUGGAUGGCAAAACCAAGGUGUCCGGAUCAUUGGGCUCGAUGUCGUUGCUGGAUUUAACACCGCACGGCCGAUUCUACCGCGAGAGAUUCCUGUCGUCCGGCAGGAAGGCGCUCAACUUCCAGUACUCGAGCUACGCUGACUGCGAGGACCGGCCUCAUGACGCGCGGCUCAAGUUGGAGAUGUCCGCCGUGCAUUACGUUCACACUCAGAGAUUCGUGGCGCAAUUACAGGCGUUCUUUGGCCACUUCUCGCAACUGUGGAGCAUCAUGCGGAAUCUUCGUGCCGGCGUCGGUGCCGUCAUAGAUGUGAACAAGCGUGGCACGCGAUUGUCGUUGCAGCUGAAUGCUGGUGCACCGGUAAUACUGUUACCGGUGAGUUCCAGAUCCGACGAACUGAUCCUGCUGGACCUGGGAGAGCUUACAGCGCACAAUAGAUUCGACACAUCGUUAGCUGUUCCGGAUUGUUUGCUGGACGUGAUGCUGCUCGAGCUGGUCAACAUGGACGUGUACGCGGCGCGGCGACUCCAGUGCGAUUUGAGUUUGAACGAGGACGCGGAUGCCUUGACGGUGGGCGGCGUUCUCAUCAGGAAGAUGGGCUCCUCGUUGCUCACAGAAAAGUGUCAUUUGAAGCUGCGCAUCGAGCGGAAUCUCGACACUUAUAUAAGCCGCGAUAUACCUGAUCUCAGUGUGCACGGUAUAUUAUCGACGAUGGACUGUGCUCUGGAUCCAGAACAGUACAUGCUGAUUCGCGGCCUUCUGUCCUACAAUAUCGGUGAGAAUCUGGACGAUCUACGUCUCCUUGUGCAAGAUUGGAAUCAUACUGUGGAAUAUGCGAUCCCAACCGUGGACAAUCGCGCCAAGACAUGGACUCGAUCCUGCAUAACUCUGGAGCUGGUAAACGUGACGGUGAAACUGCACCCGAGUCACAAUAUCGCAGCACUUGCAUGCAUCAAUUUUAUUAAGUCUCGACUAACGCUGGACUCGCUGAGCGAUGGCUCGCAGGACAUCGAUCUGGUGUCUCAAGAGAUCUUGAUCAUGGACACGCGUUUUCAAAACGAGCCGGUAGAUCGACAGUGCAACGUGUUCACGCGAAUCUUACAGCCGUUAAGAGACACGGUCAAUAUUGAGGUUGACAAGGACCGCGUCCAAGCGGAAGUACAUCAUCGAAAGCGUAAAGCUUACUCAGCGACUACCAUUCUGUUGCAUAGCAUGCGACUGACUGCCAUUCUGGAUUGGUGGCAGGCCGUGCGAGAUUUCCUAUUGUUGAAUUCGCCGGAACCGGACCCUAUACCCGGCGCCAUGCAGUCAAUUAUUAAUCAAGAAGCCGAAAUCGUCGACACUAUCGCAGUCGCUACACCAUUUGAACUAAAAAUUAAUAUCACGGACUCCGAGCUAGUCAUUGUCGAGGACACCGCGAUUCUUGAUACCAACGCCGUGAUUCUCAAGACGACUGCUGUCUUGUCGUAUCGUUCGACGCCGCAGGAAGGCGAGAAACCACUCUCCUGCAAUCUCUCGCAUUGCGAGCUAUUCUCGUGCAUUCUAGGUAUGGAAAACGAAACUGCCCUAUCUAUCAUUGAUCCUGUUGGAGCGAGUUUGGAUCUGACUCAAGACAGGUGUCUAGAGAUCCAAUUGCAGCCAUUGUGCGUGAGACUGAGCUACCAUGACGUGACCAUGUUCUCUAGGAUGUUAAGCUCUCUUCCUAAACAGACUUUAUGGGCGAAGCAGAGAUCGAGCGAAGCGCUGGUGGAGAGCGGCCAGACGAUGGACAGCCAGGUGUUAAAGCUGAUCACUUUAGGUUUUGCAGAGGCUGAUUGCAAAAUCGCAUUGGAUCACUGUGACGGUCAGCUGGACGAUGCCGCUCUUUGGCUGACGCAGAAUGCGGUGCCGAUAAGUGCCGAGGCGGUCGCAACGAAUAACGAUUCAGUUUUCCGGACUGUGGAGUUGCAGGUAUCCUGCAUGCGGAUCUGUAUCAUCGACGAUUGCCGCGACGCGGACGUGCCGCUUCUAGAGCUCACUUUGGCAGACUUCAACUUGCGGAAAUUGAGUCAACAGCCUGGUUUGCUGUCCGCCACUAUCGGCAUAGACUAUUACAAUAGAGUACUAAGCGGUUGGGAGCCAUUCAUCGAACCUUGGCGAGCGAAUAUUGAUUGGGAACAAAUAUUUAUCAGUUCGUUGGAUCCAAAAAGACUGAACGUGUCUAUCAACUCCUAUGAUUCUGUGAACGUUAAUAUCACGUUAACAUUGGUGGAACUCGUGCAACUAGUCAAACACAAUUGGACGCAGGAUUAUUAUUUAUCUAAUGGAAACACUAUCGUUGGUAAAUCGUCGACAAGGGGACAAGUAUAUCGACGUCGAUCACCAUUUAUACCUUUUGCCCUGAAAAAUGACACUGGCUGUCGACUUUGGUUUAAAACAUUUAUCGCCACUGCGGACGAGACGAUAGAUGUCAGCAAAGCGUCAUCUCAAGCGAAGAACGUCCUAGACAAAGACGAUACGUGGAUAGAGGUGAUUCCGGGAGACACCACGCCGUUUACGUUUGAGGUGAGGGGCAAGUUGAGGCAUCAUGCGACGCAUAUCGUCAGAAGGCAUCAGAUUGCAGUUCUGGUUGAGGGAUGGAAGCCGGUGGAUCCUGUGACCGUUGAUCGCGUGGGCAUUUAUUUUCGACAUGCGAAUGCUAACAUUGCUGGAUUUCAGCCGAUUACACCGAAAGCUAGAUUAGUAUUUGCUGUGGAACUUGAAGGAUCCGCUAGGAAGUUAGUUACAAUUAGAUCAGCCCUUCAGGUAUCCAACAAACUAGCUCAUCCGAUCGAGAUCAAAAUAGAGAAAUCAUUAAGCCACCUUGGAUACUUGCCGCUGACCUCAACCAGUACUGGAAGAAUUUUACAAGUACCGGCGCAAUCAGUGAUAUCUAUGCCUUUGACGCAUACCGGGAUACAAAUGUGCUUCAAACCGCUCAUUUCGAACUAUCUGUUCCAAUAUUGCAUGGAAUCAGUAGACUGGACGAUAGUUAAAAAACCAUUAGAAGUAUCAGAAAACUAUGUUACUUGCCGGACUAAUCAGAAUAACAUAUUCAGGAUGUGUGUGGCUGUAAGACGAAACAAUUAUCCACCUGACGGAAUACAAGUGUUACCGGCGCACACGAUCACAGUAAUGGCACCUAUAACGUUGACAAACUUAUUGCCAUACGAAUUGACGUACGAGGCAGGUGUAGAAGGUGGUAGAAUCACGCCUGGCUGCAGCGCGGAUUUGCAUUGUGCAAAUUUGACCGAGAACCUGGAAAUUACGAUUCAAUUGGAUGGUUAUCCAGGAUAUGGACUAAUAAUAUUACCACCGAACAGCAGUUCUUUUACCACUCGUCUCAAAUUAUUGGAUUCCGCUACCAGAAUACUUUACCUGCAGGCGUCUGUAAUUGUGGAAAAAGGUGCAGCCGUGCAAAUCAACAUCACUGCACCUUAUUGGAUUAUAAACAAGACCGGUUUGCCUUUGGUAUUCAGACAAGAGGGAGUCGGUAUCGAGGCGGCGGGACAAUUCGAAGAGCAUGAAAGAGCAAGGAUGGUAGCACCGUUGCUAUUUUCGUUUAGCGACGAAGAGGCCAGUAGAACUUUGUCAGUCAGAAUCGGAACGGAAGUUCAUCCUCAUGGAAUACCACAGUGGUCUCAACAUUUUCAUUUGCAGCCUGGAAUUCACGUUCAUCGAUUGAGAAUCAGUUUACGUGAGGGCAGACCCGAUAUAGUCUACUUGAUUAGCGUGGCCACUCGCGCAGCAAGAGGAAGAUAUAGAGCCACUACUGUGGUUACAUUAUCGCCAAGAUAUCAAUUGCACAAUAAAUCAUCUUAUACAUUGGAGCUGGCUCAGAAAUGUUUUACAACAACUGUCUCUCAUCCGGAUGCCCAGGCGACAUAUAUAACUACUAUGCCAGAUUGUCACAUGCCUUUCCACUGGCCACGGUUAGAUAAAGAUUUGUUGCUCUGCGUCAGGAUCACCAACGUUCCGGAUUGUAUGUGGUCAGGCGGUAUCACAUUGGAUGAUAAUUAUUCAUUGACCAUUAAUGUCAGAAACGCAACAGGGAAAAUGCAUUUUCUACGGGUAGACGUAGUACUGCAGGAAACUACCUUCUUCAUUGUAUUCACUGACGCCGAUACCAUGCCACCUCCUAUAAGAGUAGAUAAUUUUUCAGAGGUUUCUUUGCUCGUUAAUCAGAUCGGAGUUCCCGAUAAUUUCCAAUGGACCGUGAGACCUCAUUCGUCAGUACCAUAUGCCCUAGAUGAACCAAUUGAAACUGCUGGUCUAGUACUGACAGCACCCGGAGGUGUGACAGCUUCUUAUGAUUUAAAUAUAUUAGGAGAGGGUAGAGGACUGACUUAUGAAAACUUUAUUUACAUUGCGUUUACAGGCACUUUCAAGGCCGAUUGCGAUCUUGGAACAGGUGAAAGCAAUUUAGAUCCAUUGGAUGUAGAAACUCAGAGAUUGGUCUUAGAAGCUGGUUCUGGUGGUUGGGUUGCUCUUCGGAGGAAACAGUAUGGUGAUAGAUCGCAGCUUUGGAGAAUGACUGGCGAUGGACAAUUGCAACAUGAAGGCUCCAGUCCACCGAGAGACAAGCAUUCGAAAACACCGGGUACGAUAUUCGUUUUGGAUAUAGCGGGCACUGCACCGCAACCGUUCACGUAUUGCGCUCUCGCUCUGAGGAAGCCGGAUUCUAGGCGACGUUCGACGCAGACCUGGAGGUUCACCGACGACGGACGUCUAUGUUGCGCACAUAAGAAUAUGUGUGUUCAGUCGAAAGAUGGCUUUAUGGGACUAUACGAAGGCGGCAGUGUCGCCCGUUGGCAAAUGUGGAGCGAAGCUGUACUGGGUCCUCAGACACAUAGCAAUCCACCACCGAUCGAGCAACGUGUGGGCAGACAAAAGUUGCGUCCGGGUUCAGGAUUCUUGUCGAUCAGAGUGACCACUGACGGUCCGACUCGGGUUCUACAAGUUUUGGAUAUUAAGGAAAGAAAGAAAACAUUUGCUUUACUCGAAGAACGCGAUUGGUCCCAUAUCGCCGUAAGUCAUCGGCCCACUCAGAUUAAUGCCGAUAUUAAAAAAAUGGAUUCUAGCGAAUUAAAUUUAGAGCUGAACUUGCCAACCGGUCUCGGAUUGUCUAUUGUAUCGCAAAGGCCGGUAGAAGAACUAUUGUUCGCGCGGUUUGCUGCAAUCUCCUUAGAUUUAAUGCAUACCCCGUUGAAUACCACGUUGGAUCUGAGCGUUGCUGAUGUGCAAAUUGAUAAUCAAUUGUUUGAGGCACAAUGCACCUCAGUUUUAUUCGUAACACGGUCAUCGCGUACGGAAGAUGAGUCCCGACCUACUCUUCAUUUAGCGGUGGAAAAAUUACAAUCAAAGAAUCAAAAUGCGGAGAUAUAUAAACAUGUCAUAGUGAGUGUCAAACCUCUGUGCGUACACUUAGAAGAAAAAUUUAUCCUGAAACUGGCAGCAUUUCUCGGAAUUGGCAAGUCGGAACUGGAAGUGCCCGUCGACGAGAAUGAUUUUAAGGCGCAAAGAUUCAUUUCUGAGGUAUCUGCAGCGCACGCUAAGAGAUAUUAUUUUGGCGCCCUAAAACUCGUUCCUAAUCAAGUAAAACUCAGCGUUCUCACUACAACAAAAUUGCCGCAUCAUCUGCAGGCUGUAAAAAGAAAAUUGGGAUUGACUCUAAUUAACUUCGAAAAUGCCACAAUCGAGUUGGAGCCGUUUGUUAAGAAACAUCCUUUUGAAAGCAGUCAAUUUUUAGUACAUUCCAUCGUAAAGCAUUACAAAGAUGAAUUAAAAUGGCAAGCUGCAGUUAUUCUAGGUUCUGUGGAUUUCUUGGGAAAUCCUCUUGGAUUCGUGAGUGACGUUACGGAAGGUGUUUCUGGUCUUAUCUACGAAGGCAGCGUAAAAAGUCUAGUGAAAAAUGUUACGCACGGUAUUUCGAAUUCGGCAGCGAAAGUGACGGAAUCCUUGUCGGACGGUUUAGGAAGAGUGAUUAUGGACGAAAGGCACGAAGAGACCAGACAAAGAAUUCGGGCUAACACGACGGGAAGUAGCGAUCACUUGGUAGCCGGCUUAAAAGGUUUUGGUUUUGGUCUACUUGGUGGUGUCACCAGUAUAUUCAAACAGACAUAUGACGGAGCAACCAGCGAAGGUUUUCCAGGCUUCUUUGCGGGUUUUGGAAGAGGAGUAGUAGGUACGAUAACGAAACCCGUCGUUGGUGUCCUAGAUCUAGCAACGGAGACAGCUAGCGCUGUACGAGAGACAAGUAGAAGCGCUCAUCGUGCAAUACCAAAACGCGAUCGACCACCACGCGUCGUUAGCGGUUCUACUGGAUUGCUGCCACCGUACAAUCGUCAGCAGGCUGAGGGUCAGGAGUUCCUGUACAGCAUUAACAAUCACGAUUAUUCCGAGCUUUUUGUCGCCUACGAAUGUCUAUGUAGCGGCUCGGAAAAUCUUAAAUUGUUAGUGUCCAACGAGAGAGUACGCGUUAUCUCUGGCGGCACGAAAGCGGUAGUGACUCAAGUCAAUCUAGCGGAGCUUCUGCGCUGUCAGCCGAUGCAGAAGGUUCAAAGCAACAAUAUCACUUUGCAUUACAUAGAGUUGAUAUCCAGACUUGAUUCAUCGGCCGCGGUCAAUUUAGAUGGAUUAGCGGAUGGAUUAUUAAGACGGCCGAAAGUGCGCUGCGACAACGAAGAGGUGGCAAAGCGGGUGUCGCAACAAAUCAAUUAUGCCAAAGGGAUGCACGAAGAACGAAGUUUGACGUUGUCAUCGUCGGAUAACAUGUUAGAUGACGUACAACACUACAAUCGACUAUACGACUAAAGUUUGAUCUUAUUUCUGACGCGUUUCCUGGACGUACUCUCUCCUAGUCAAAUUUUUAACUUUAUCUCGUUAUCUUGUACGAGAAUCGGUAAUGCCUUAGUUAUGACGCUUAAUGUUAAGUUUACAAGAAGACUGAUAUGGAUUAUCAUAAAAAUAACUGCUCGUCAAUAUACAAGGCAUAAAUCAUUCGAGCAUAAUCAAAUUUUAAUUUUGCGUCUUGUAACUGUGGCAUGGGUCCACGUGGUACAAAACGUGGUACAGAACGUGGUACAGACAUUUUUGAUACAGAUUGAUAAGAUGUAAAAAUGUAAAAUAGUCCUAGGUCAAGAAACUUUCUAAUGAUGUACAUAUGCCAGUUCUUUGCGUGCAGGACAUUACAGAAUCACCGUUCUCCUGAUAAGGCUGUUUUUACAGUCGAUGGAAAAUUUUUUAUCUUUAUAAUAAACGGUCUGUUCUUUUCUCUUUUUCUCUACGUUGGAGAAAAAAAAAAGAUAAACUGUACAAAAUAUUCAUUUAAAAAAGACAGACAUAAAGUUAUUUUAUUAUGCUUCGGGGGUUUUAACAUCUUGUAACUCAAGAGUGGCGCAUUGAUUUUGAAAACAGAUUUUUCUUCUACAAUUUUGGUUCAGCUCUUAUCACUAAGCGCGGUGAUUUUGGGAUGUUCUGUGUCUGUGUACAUACAUGUAUUAAAGUUUAUCUUUUAGCUGAUCAUAAAUUACGAAGGAAUGACCUACUUAAUGCAAUACUUAGAAAUAAUUGAACCAAAGCUUUUAGCAUAUAUAGUGUACUUUUAAUGAGUACAAAUAUUGUAGCAUGUAGUAUUUAUUCUUUAUAUAUAAAAAUAUAUAUAUAUAUAUAUACAUAUAUAUAUAUAUAUAUAUAUAUAUAUAUAUAUAAAGAAUAUAUAUUUUUCAGUAGCAUACAUCUUUUUCGUUUAGUUAUUCGCACGUUUCAUUUUGCAAUGCCUUGAAUGUGCUACUUUGUACAGAACUUUGUGUAUACGUACGAACAUGGCGUGUGUAAACUGUACAAAUAGAUUAAGUCAGCUAUAUUUAAGUACUUUUGUAAAGCUGGCGUACGAGAUGCGUGGAUAAUAUACGUUUGUAUUAUAUAUCAUGUUGAUACUUGCUAAUAUUAAUAAAUGUUACAAGUAUGAUGGUGAGUCGGGAUACAAAAGAGA